AUGCCCACAACUAAUAAUAUGCCUACAAGUACCAAUAUGCCUACUAACGACGACGACAUGCUUAAUGACGUCCUUAUAGACGAGCCAGUCCUCUAUAUAAGCAAGGUACCAUAUAGUAUGACCGAGUCUGAAGUUAUGGAUAUUCUUAAGGGAGUCAACCCUACUAGUGUCCAGGUUAUUGCCAGCGGAGCCAUAGCACCUGCUAGUGGGGUCGUCUAUUUCUCAAAUAAAGGCGAUGCUGAAAAGGCAUUUGCCUUCUACAACAAUGCUUCCCUUGAAGCAUAUAAGAGUCACCUCAAACUUCAUAUUAAAGAUCCUAAUAGCGGUGGACAAGAUCUUCAACCUGCUACACCAAGUUUACACGUCAAGUUUCCUCGCACCACAGACUUGAUGACAUUGUAUCAAACAUUCAGGUCCUUCGGCCCUUUAUAUUCAUGUAAAAUUUACCUUGAUAAGACUGGUAAUCCCAAAGGCCAAGGUCUCAUCCAGUUCUUCAAGGAAGCAUCUGUACAAGAGGCACUCAAAUCCGCGGCGGUGGUACCUUCCAAUAAUUAUCAAAACAAUAUCGCCCAUCAACCGCAAUCACCUGGUCCAGAAGGUCCACUUGUUGAUCCUUGCAAUCUUUUCAUUAAGAAUCUUGAUGCAAACAUCUCAAGUAGUGACCUCUUUAACCAUUUCCGUAAAUUCGGCCGCAUCAUUAGUGCUCGCGUGAUGCGUGACCAAGAAACUGGCAACUCAAAAGGCUUCGGUUUUGUGAGUUAUACUAAUCCAGAGGAGGCCGAUCGUGCGAAGACGGUGAUGAACAACAAAACUCUGGGUUCCAAGCAGAUUGUUGUCAGACUUCAUGAGCCAAAAAAACUGCGAGAGACAAAGUCGGCUUCAACUUCGAAUAAUGGGCAAACAUCGCCCACCGAAUCUCGCGCGCCAUCAAGGAGAAAUUCUGAUAUUUAUCCGGCAAACGCUUUCAAUGAUUAUGAUCAAGAAACGUUGGCUGGCUUGGCGCCUAAGGCAAGAAGAGAAGUGCUGAUGUCUGAAUUGCAAAAGAGAUUUAGGAAUAUUCCAAGCGUACCCCAGGAUGAAGUCAACCCAAUUAUUGAGUUUUUACUGGCCAAUAAAUUGCAAGAAAUCUUAAAUUUUCUCAAGGAUCCACAGGCGCUACAACAAAAGAUCACCGAAGCACGUCAAUUACUUCAUAAAGACAAGUCUCGCCGUAACUUGGAUGAAAGCACACCCUCAUACACCACUCCUCGCUCAACAACUCUCAAUACUACCUCUCUUGCCCAAUCGAUGUUACCUGAGCGAGAGAAAUUCCUCCGUGCUAUCGGAAAAUUCAACAAGCGUCACAGUGAAGAAAUUCUUGACUUGAUUAUGAGCUUGCCCAAAAAAGACCGUUCUAUGUGCUAUUUCAACGCGGAAUAUUUGGAUAAGAAGAUUGUAGAAGCAAUUGCAGCCGUGGAGUUUACACAUGAAGAUCCAUCUAUUCCCGUUCCCCCUCCAACAUUCACGCCCAGAGAUUUUACACCAACUACUACACCUCCGGUUAAAUCUCCCGAGCCUAUUAGUCUCAAACUUCUGGCGACUCCUCCGAAGAUGACGGAGAAUCAUUAUAACCCGAAUGACCCUCUGUACGAGGAAACCGAACAAUUCUUGAGGAUGUUGGAACAAAAGCCAGUUGUAGAACAGAAACAGAAACUAGGUGAUAAGCUGUUCCCGAAAGUUAAGAACCUUGGUCUAAGGAGUGCGCAGGCUAGUAAAGUUACCAUCAAUCUUUUGGAUACGGAUGAUCUUCGAGCACUUGCUCACUCGAUGAAUGAUCCGGUCAAAUUCAAAGCUAAGGUUGACGCUGCUAUUGUUAAAGUCACCUUAAAUAAGUAA